GCUCAGGGCCUUAACCAAUCAGGCGGGGCGCGGCGAGCGGGGCGGCCAAUGGGCGAGGAGGCCGGCGGCGGUUGGGGGUUUGAAUUUGAAGGGGGCCGGGGCCGGUGUGGACGUUACGGUGUGGUGCUUGAGAACUUAAAGGAGAGGCUGUCAUGUCGCAAGACUGCAACGAUGAGUGGGAGUUGAGCAAAGAGAAUGUGCAGCCCCUCAAGCAGGGCCGGGUCAUGUCCACCUUGCAGGAAGCACUGGCUCAGCAGGAGGCUUCCACUCACACUGCUGUUCAGCUCAAAAAACAAGAAUUUGAAUCAGAGAUCCGUUUUUAUUCUGGUGACGAUCCUUUGGAUGUCUGGGACCGGUACAUCAGGUGGACAGAGCAAACCUUCCCCCAGGGUGGAAAGGAGAGUAAUCUCUCAGCAAUAUUAGAAAGGGCAGUGAGAGCGCUCAAUGAAGAGAAGAGAUACUACAAAGAUGCCCGCUAUCUUAAUCUCUGGCUCAAGUUUGGAAACUGUUGUAACGAGCCCUUGGAUCUAUACAGUUACCUGCAUAGCCAGGAAAUUGGUACAACGUUAGCACUGUUCUACAUCACGUGGGCAGAAGAACUCGAAGCUAGAGGAAGCUUUAAAAAAGCUGAUUUAAUAUUUCAGGAAGGCCUUAACCGCAAGGCUGAGCCUUUGGACAAACUCCAGUCCCAUCACAGGCAGUUUCAGACCCGUGUUUCUCGGCAGACACUACUGGGGCUUGAGGAAUCUACAGAUGAAAAAGACACCAGUCUUCUGGGAACUGAAGAACCUCAGAGAAGCUCGCUGGCAGAUCUAAAAGGCAGGGGGAAGAAAAAAGUGAGAGCUCCAAUUAGUCGUGUAGGAGAUGCACUUAAAGCCACAAACCAAAACAGAAGUCUCCAGACUCUAAGUUCUCAGCAGCUUUCAAAGAAUCCAGGUUUUGCUGUGUUUGAUGAAAAUGCAGCUUUGGAUUCUGGACCUGAAAUUCCUGUACUUAUGCCACAGUCAUGGGCAGCACCUCCAGUUCCGAGGGCCAAGGAGAAUGAACAAAGUGCAGGACCUUGGACUUCUGGAAGGCGUCCUCGCAGCAGUGCAAAUUCUGGCAUAGAAAUGUCCUGUCCGCUGCCCAGUUUCACCCCAUACGUGGAAGAAUCAGCUCAGCAGCAAGUCAUGACUCCCUGCAAGAUUGAACCCAGCAUAAACAGUGUUUUAAGUGCUCGCAAGCCUCAGAAGGAGGAGGAUCCACUACGGCGGGUGCAAAAUCAUCAUCUGGAUACUCAAGAAAAAAAGGAGACGGUGAUGUACUGUAAAGAGAAAGUUUAUGCAGGAGUGGAAGAGUUCUCAUUGGAAGAGAUUCGUGCUGAAGUCUACAGAAAGAAAGCAAAAAAGAAAGCUGAAGAGGAGUUGCAGGCCAUAAUGCAGAAGAAGGAAGAAAUACAAAGGAAAAUCGAGGUGCUGGAGAAGAAAUUAAAGGAGAAAGAAGAUGACAAGCAGCAGCAACAAUCAUGUGAACAGCCAACAGAGAUAACAAAGCCUUUUCCAUCUCUGGAACAACAAGAACUUACUUUUUCGAGUGCAACAGAACUUGGGGUGAAAGAGCCUCAUGUGGAAAGUGAAUACCAGCCCUCAGAAGAUAUUAAGCUGCACAAACCAUCUUGUUCCGAAGCAGAGGUUAUCCAGUCUCUUGAUGUAUGCCCAGAUACACAAAGAGGAAGUGUGUUUUUGGACUCUGAGGAUGAACAGGAGGAGCAGAGGGGUAAGGCCAGCCUUGGGAAAAGAGGAAAAUUUGAAGAUAUGGUUUUCCUUCCAUCAGUGGUUCCGUCUGUGCCUUUCACCAUAUUUGAUGAAUCAUCUACUUCAACAAACCAGAAUAUAAGUUGUUCUACAGAUCAUACAAAGAAAAGUGCCCGCCGCCCUCUCGCAGUUCGUAAACCUUCAGAAUCUGCUACUGCAAAGGAAAACAUACCACCAGAAGCCUGUGAUGAGCUGAAUGGAAUUGAGCCUUUGUCUGAAGAUGCAAUUGUGACAGGCUCCUACAAGAACAAAACCCUUUGUGCCAACCCAGAAGACACGUGUGACUUUGUUAGGGCUGCCCAUCUUGCGUCAACUCCCUUUCACGGGGUGGUAGCUCAGAGAAUCCCAGAUCCUGCUUAUUCACAGAGUGUUCUGAAGGAAGACUGUCCAGAAUCGAAGAGUGCACCUCCAAAUCAAAAAACACCAGUUUGUGAGGGGACAUACAAUGAAGCUCUUUGUGUAAAUAAACUGAGUCCAAUCAUGGAAGCAAGCCUGGAAGAUACUCGUUCAUCAGGUUCUUCUGUCUCCUCGGGAUCUUCUCUUUCUUCUGUUACACAAAUAUCCACAAUUAAAUACCUGCACAUCCCUGAAAAACUGGAACUUGCUCAGACUUUGCCUGCUGAAACAAUUACUGAUUCUGGAGGUAUCAGUGAAAACAUAACUGGUGAUGUAACUCUGCUCUUGUGGAGUGCUGAACAGCAUAAAAAGCUUUUAGAUCCCAUGCCAGAAUCUUUGACUGCUUCUCCAGAUUUUCAUUUGGAGACUGGCUCUGUGCCUGUCAUUGAGUUCAAGAAAGACAUUGAGCUAGGAGAUGAGACUUACUCUAUCAAAUGGGAAUAUUGGACCAAUGAAGAAUACAAGAUGUGUUUUGCUAUUCUAGCUAACUUUACCCAGUUGGAUGCAAAGGGAUUUGUAAUAAAGGUGUAUUUUCAGCCUGUGCCUUGGGACUUUUAUAUCACACUUCAAUUACAGGAGCGUUUGAAUACUGACUUUGACCAAAGCUUCAGUGAAAAAUGCAGCUGUUUCUUCUACCAGGAUGGCUGUGUGAUUCUGCAUAGGGAUGUAAAUCGCUAUACGCUUGGGGAUCUUAUUCAUCACUGCAAGUCUAUCACAAAGGAAGUUAUCCUGCUGGUUGUUCAUGAUCUCCUGAGCAUGGUUGAGAAGCUCCACAAAGCAGAAAUUGUCCAUGGAGAUCUCAGACCAGAGGUGCUCUUUCUGGGAGACAGUAUCUGUGACCCAUUUGGUUAUGAUAAGAUGACAAGAGCUCUGAAGGUAGUGGAUUUCUCUCACAGUGUGGAUUUGAGAUUGCAGUCUCAAGUAAGCUUGCCCAAUAGUUUUCCAAUUUAUCAGACUCCUCAUGGACAACAACUUCUGGCAAAAAGUUCCCUUCCUUAUCAGGUAGACUUGGUUGGCGUUGCAGAUAUCAUCCAUUUGAUGCUGUUUGGUGAUCACAUCCAGGUCUAUCAAGAGAAUUCCAUCUGGAAAAUCAGCCAAAAUGUAUCAGAGACUGUUGGUGGUGAUUUCUGGCAUAAGCUUUUUGAGCGAUUUUUGAAUGCAGAUGGUAAAUCCACAGUGCCUCUGCUGAGGGAGUUCAGAGAGGAAAUAAGUGACAAGUUUGACAGCGGUUUCCAAAAACAUCUUUAUGAAUUCUUAGCAGCACUGGGAGAAACCUUCGGCUUGGACAACUUUCUCUGAUUUCAUAGAGGACAAAUCUCAUGUGUAUUAUAGAGGGGAAUUUAACUUAUUUUUUUCAAAUGUAAGCAUGAGCAACGAUCGUAGACAUUUCUACGGGACUUGCUAAAGAAUGUUGCAUCAGUGCAUAGGUAUCCUAAAACUGUUAGGUGAACUAGUCUGUGUCUGAGAAGUUUGCUGGAGAAAAUAAGCUGUUGUAACUGCCCACUCCCCUUUCUGUAUAGCUUCUCAUAAAUGAAUUUAAUAUCUAGAUUACCCUCUAGUCUUUGAAGUGUCUUUGCCCUACAUUUAGUUGUUCCAUAGUACUGCUUUUAAUUGCUGUUUCAUCAAUAAAGUUGUUUUUUGAUAGUAUCUUGGUUGUAUUAAACAUUAUUGUCAGAUGGUUUUGAAACGCUUGAUUUAUUAUCCAUACUGGAGUGCUUCUGCCUGACUGGGAAUUGCCUUUGACUGCAAGAUAUGAAAGCACCUCAUCUUGUGGCAGCUUUCAUAACCACACAGGACUUCUGAGGCACUUAACACAACUUGAAUGUUCCUAUUUGGAAUAUGUUCUCAUGGAUGAUUGUUGUAGGAAAAGUAGAAGGAGUCACAAGCAAAAAAGAUGCAUAUUUAUGUUUUUGUUUCUCUAAGCAAGGGCUAGAGUUUCUGUCUGGAACAAACACUUCAAUCACUUUGAAGACUCUACUUGCUGUAUGUGCUAAAGCAUUUCCAGGUUUGUAUGAAAGCUUUUGGAGAUGUAUGUCUGUUAACUUUUUACAAACUGCAUUAUUAAAAUCAAUACAAAGGCCUGUACUUACUUUAUUUAAGACUGAACAGAACUUAUAGGAUUUCAUACCAAGAUGCUAUGUACCUUAAGUGCAGAGAAACUU